AUGAAGGCUCCAGGGGACAGCGACGACCAGCAGCUGGUGGCUCUUCGCAUCCGUCCGAUGAGCACGGCUGAGCUGGCAGAGGGGGCCAGGCCCAUCGCCCACCGCAUGGACGAGCAGGUCGUGGUGCUGCAAGACCCCAUGGAAGACCCCGAUGAUGUCCUGCGUGCCGGUCACUCCCGGGAGAAAUCCUAUGUCUUCGACGUGGCUUUCGAUUCCACGGCCACCCAGGCGGGCGGCACCGUCCGGGUGGCCGGCAUCACCGAGGUCUGUGCCAUCAACGCCAAGGAGGUCAUGCAGCUGCUGGCGCGGGGCAACAGGCAGCGGACGCAGGAGCCCACGGCUGCCAACUGCACCUCGUCGCGCUCCCAUGCGGUGCUGCAGGUCACUGUGUGCCAGCGGCGCCGGGGCGGAGGGCUGCGCCGUGGGCUGCGCCGUGGCCACCUCUUCAUGAUCGACCUGGCAGGCUCCGAGCGGGCGGCGCAGACGCAGAACCGCGGGCAGAGGAUGAAGGAGGGAGCCCACAUCAACCGCUCGCUGCUGGCCCUGGGCAACUGCAUCAAGGCCCUGAGCGACCAGGCGAGCACCAAGUACAUCAACUACCGUGACAGCAAGCUGACCCGCCUGCUCAAGGACUCACUCGGAGGCAACAGCCGCACGGUGAUGAUCGCCCACAUCAGCCCGGCCAGCACCGCCUUUGAGGAGUCCCGCAGCACCCUCACCUACGCCCACCGCGCCAAGAGCAUCCGCACCACGGUGAGGCGCAACCUGCUCAGCAUCUCGUACCGCGUGGCACAGUAUGGCAGUGCCAUGGCUGACCUGCACAGGGAGAUCCAGCACCUCAAGGGCCAGGGGGACGCCAAGCCAGGGCAGCCGGGGCAGGAGCUGGGCCACAUGAGGGAGGAGCUGAGCGGUGGCUGCCACGAGCAGGAGGCCCUGCGCCACCUCCUCCUCCAGCUGGAGGGCACCGAGCUGCACGCCCAGCACCUCCUCGCCCUCGCCCGCAGGAUGCAGCGGGGCUGGCUGUGGAGCAAGGAGGGGCCGGGGGAGCCAGACAGCCCCGGUGACAGCGAGAGGGACGCAGACACGGGGGACAAGCUGUUGGACGUGCCAGAGCCACCCGACGUGGCCGCUGCCCACGAUAGCAUCGCAGCUCUGGUGGAGGAGCAGGGCAGGCUGCAGCAGCGGAAGGCAGAGCUGGCGCGGCGCUUCCGGCAGAGCCAGCAGCAUGCACAGCGGCUGGAGGAGGCCCUGCGGCAUCGGAGCAGCUCAGGGGAGCAGCGGGAGGUGCUGGCCCUGCUGUGCCGUCUGCACCAGCUGGAGCUGGAGACAGCAGAGACACGCUCCCAUACCCUGCUCAAAGGUGGCCUCCGGCACCUGCCGGCACCCACCAUGCAACACUUCGACCGGCACCGGGCCCUCUGUGCCUGCAUCAUCCAGCAGCAGCGGCAGCUCAUCGCCGACCACCGGCUGUCGGUGCCGCGGCCACUGGAGGAGCUGUAUGAGACCUACCUGUGGGAGCUGGCGGGGGACCCCGGGGACACCGGCACCCUUGAGGACACUCACCCCCUGUCCCCUGCCCAGGGCACGUCCCUGCCCAAGAUCCCGCAGAUGACGGGCACAGAGAGCCUGCCGGACUCGGACCGGGACAGUGUGUGGGCACAGAGCUGCAAGCACCCCACGCUGCCACGGCGUGAUGCCCUCCCACCCCUGCGCCCCACAGGAGACAGCACCCUGAUCCCCAUGUUGAAGAAGACCCCGCAGGCACAGCAGCUGAGGAGCAUGGUGGUGCCCACCCCACCUCCCGGCCGGGGCACAGUGGCCCAGAGCGCCCGCCCGCAACCGCCGGGGUCUGUGGAGGAGCGGGGUGGCCCCGGGCUGCGGCACGCCGCCAGCAAGGACAGCCUGGCUGGGACAGCCACCCGCUCCCCAGGCCCCUGGCUGCGGGUGUGCAAGGAGGGCAGCAGGGAGCCAGCGAGGAGGGAGGAGUCACUGGAUGGCAGAAGGAGAUCGAGGCGAUCACGGUCCUUCGAGGUCACCGGCCGCAGGCUGGUGGCCCCCAGGGGCCCCCUGUUGUCGUCCAACACGCCGCAGAGCCGCUCCGAGCACGCCGUGCCGGCGGGGGUGCAGGCAGCCAGCAUCCAGGGACCCCCCAAAGCCCUGCCUGGAGCAAAGCUCCUGUAUGGCCAGCUGCCAGGUGCUGGGGUCCUGUCUCUGCCUCUCCCCCUCCAGCUCCCUGCCAGCCCCGGGAAGGGGCAGCGCCCACGGCUGGGCUGUGUCACCGGGAACGGUGCCAGGGCCUCCAGCAAGGAUGGAGGGAGUCACUGGUACUGA